UCCUCCCGCCCAGCCAGCCCGGGCCCGCGGGAUUGUUAGAUGGAACACGGCUCCAUCAUCACCCAGGCGCGGAGGGAAGACGCCCUGGUGCUCACCAAGCAAGGCCUGGUCUCCAAGUCCUCUCCUAAAAAGCCUCGCGGACGUAACAUCUUCAAGGCCCUUUUCUGCUGUUUUCGCGCCCAGCAUGUUGGCCAGUCAAACUCCUCCACUGAGCUCUCCGCAUACAAGGAGGAAGCCAACACCAUUGCUAAGUCUGAUUUGCUCCAGUGUCUCCAGUACCAGUUUUAUCAGAUCCCGGGGACCUGCCUGCUCCCAGAGGUGACAGAGGAAGAUCAAGGAAGGAUCUGCGUGGUCAUUGACCUGGAUGAAACCCUUGUGCAUAGCUCUUUUAAGCCAAUCAACAACGCCGACUUCAUAGUGCCUGUAGAGAUUGAGGGGACCACUCACCAGGUGUACGUGCUCAAGAGGCCUUAUGUGGAUGAGUUCCUGAGACGGAUGGGGGAACUCUUUGAAUGUGUUCUCUUCACUGCCAGCCUGGCCAAGUAUGCUGACCCUGUGACAGAUCUGCUGGACAGGUGUGGGGUGUUCCGGGCCCGCCUGUUCCGUGAGUCCUGUGUGUUCCACCAGGGCUGCUAUGUCAAGGACCUCAGCCGCCUGGGAAGGGACCUGAGGAAAACCCUUAUUCUAGACAACUCGCCUGCUUCUUACAUCUUCCAUCCAGAGAAUGCAGUGCCCGUGCAGUCUUGGUUUGAUGACAUGGCAGACACUGAAUUACUGAACCUGAUCCCAAUCUUUGAGGAGCUUAGCGGAGCAGAAGAUGUCUACACCAGCCUUGGGCAGCUGCGGGCCCCUUAGCCUUCCCUGGUUCCAAGCAAUGGCCAUCCCAGUAGGGGACUUUCCUACACUGUGCCUUUAUGACCAGCCUGACAGAGCAGAAGCUGGAGCAUCUCACCAAAUGGGGCCUGGAAAUAGAAGUGAUGGGAAAGAACUUUAGGACAGGUUAGAUGCCGAGUAUGCAAAUGUCAGACCAAUGAUACCCCAACCUGCCUAAUCCCUGAGUUGGGUUCCUGAGAUAUGUGAGAGAGAGUGUGAGUGAGUGAGUGAGUGAGUGAGUGAGAGUGUGAGAGAGUGUGUGUGUGUGUGUGUGUGUGUGUGUGUGUGUGGCCUCGAACUGUGUUCAAGGAUAUAAGUGUUUCAGGUUGGGGAAGAAGCUGAAAGAUCAAGAAUCUCCCCAAGCUCGUCUCUCCAGUCCACCUUGAGCUCUAUAGGGAUGAAGACUAUUCAGGGCUCCAUUGCCAAACCCAUGGCCUUUCCUCAGUGUUGUAAGGCUUGUGCUGAGGAUGAAGGAGGGGUCAGAGGCUGCCUUCAGGUGCCCCAGGCACACUCCUUUUUGAAAUCUUUCUCCAGCCAGCUGCUGCAGAUAGACAAUUCUGGAAGAUGAAAGCUUAUUUCCAGAACUGGUCGCCUCAGUGGCCAUCAAGUCCUGCAGUUCAAGGGCUGCACUUGCCUCCAGCCGAGUGCCUGUCAUGGGCCCUCUGUCUCCCCAAGGCUUGGGCCCUGGGCCUGCCUUCCCCACUACCUAGCCAUAAGUCUCGAACUCAUGGGGAAGGAGGUCUUCUCCUUGCCGUGGAAGAGGGCAGAUAACUGAUUUCCGUUCUUUUGACUCUGUUUUAAAAUUCUCUUUCUAAGCAUGGAGUAUUGGGCCUGUUUUGUUUCUGACAAAGCUGCAGUCCUGGGCAUAAGGUGGGUGGUGCUGGGGGUGCAGGGAAGAGGAAAAUCCCAAAAGCCUGAAUGUGUGUGUCCCCUUAGCUUGUAUGUAGAUCAGCUGAGCUUGGGACUGUCUGUAAGUCUGUCUUCAGGGAUUCUCUGCUGGUGCUGGUGCAAGGACUUUUGUCCCAAAGUCCAGGAAGGGCGCUUCCUACCUGCCCUUCCUUUUCUUGGGCAGGGCUCUUUCCUGCUGUCUUCCCCUGGGGGGCCUGGCCUGUGCCAAGCUCUGCUCCAUCUUCAUCCUUCCUAGCUGUCAGCUUUUUCUCUCUAGGGCUUCAGAGGCACUCCUGGGCUUGAGAGG